UGUCAACCCCUCCUGCCAUCAUGACAUCCCCCUCCCCUUCCUCCUCCCCCGCCAUUCUGGUCUUCGGAGUCGGCAGCGUCGGUGCCAUCUACUUGCACCAACUCCAACGCGCCGGCUGUACCGUUACGGCCGUUUGCCGCUCCAACUACGACGUCGUCGCUCACACGGGCUUCACCCUGCGUAGCCCCCGCUUCGGCACCGUCACCUACCGCCCCGACCACACCGUCCGCUCCGUCCUUGACUGUCCUCCAAACAUCGAAUACGACUAUGUUCUCGUUACAACCAAGGUGUUUCCGGGGAGAAUUCCCUCCUUAGCAGACCAACUGCGACCGGUACUCGAAAACCGCCCGAAUACGGCGAUCGUCCUGGCGCAGAACGGCAUCGACAUCGAGAAGGAUAUUGCGGACGCGUUUCCCUCCAACCCCAUCAUCAGCGGAGUGGUCUAUCUGCCCACCGUUCAGACGGAGGCAGGGGUGAUUGAUCACGCGGAGCCACUAGAUCUCUUGGAGCUGGGGACAUAUCCGGCGCAGGCUCCGGAGAGUCACAAACACAAGGCGGAGAGGUUUGUAGAUUUGAUGAUCCAGGGCGGUGGAGAUGCGGUGCUGUAUGAGGAUAUACAGGAGGCAAGGUGGGCGAAGCUGAUCCUCAAUGCGGCUUGGAAUCCGAUCUGUGCAUUAUCAUUGUGCACGGAUGGUGGGUUUUUGUUGACAUCGGAGCCGUUUGCCCAUGACCUGGCCUGGGGCAUUAUGAUGGAGAUUGUGGCAUUGGCGAGGGUGGUGGGUAUCGCAGGAGUGGAUGAGGAGGCGGCGAAGAAGAGGUUAUCCCUGGCGGAAAGACGGGCCCGAGAGGGAACUGGCAGGGAGAUGAGUAUGCUGCAGGAUGUGCGCAUGGGGAGGCCAUUUGAGGUCGAGGCUAUUGUAGGCAAUGCGGUGCGGCUGGGCAGGAGAUACGGGGUGCUCAUGCCCCGCUUGGAGACGGUUUAUGCGCUGGCCAAGGGGAGGCUCGAUGCCUUGAUGGGGGCUGGCUCGUAGAGUGCACGUUUCUUGGUAUUGGACAUAGACAGUAGAGUUGGUCAAAUGAUGCACACCCUGCACCCCAAGGUUAGAUUUCAGGAACAUACCUUGUUUAUCUCGUUGAAUCAGAUCAAAUGAAACUACUAGUGGCC